UCAUUCGGUCUAUUUAGCUGUCCGUCUGUCUGCCAAAGGUGCUGGCUGGUUCACCUCAGUUGUACGUUUGCAGAUUGUGUGCCAUCGUUUAUCUGACGUCUGCGUAGUUUUUUUUUUAAAUAUUUUAUUACUUUAUGGGACAUAGGUAUUGUUGUCCGUUUGUCUGUUUGUCCGUCGGUCCUGCAGUUACAUUGAUUUCCUCAGCCAGUCCUUCUCCUGGGUAGCGGAGGCCAUCUACUAGGGGCGGGUCAGCUCACGCCGAAUAGGACCCCCCUAGGGGUGGGCUGCGGGUGACGAUUUUUGGUGGGGGUUGUUACCCAUCUCUCCGACCCUUUGCACCUCUUCAGGGAUCUUAGGGUCCCCAUCUAUGGUUUUUCAUCCUGCCCAACAACCCUCUUGCUUUGGCCUUUGGGCAUCCAACCUUAGAAUUCCGCUGUCAGUGAUAUUUGAUUUGGAAGUUGGUUUGUAUAUCUGGGAUAAUCCGUUAUUGUAUUCUGCAUCAUUUGCUGGAGGAUUUGCAACGCGCUUGUUUACCUGAAGGAGCUACAGAAAGCAGGGUAAAUGUAUGAAUUGGGUAUUCCAUUCAGAGUAUCUACUACAUCACAUGGAUGUGCACCUGGAACUUGGAUUUUUAUGCUGAAAGAACAGAGGUUAUUCAUAGAGACCCAGUUGACUGUAUCAUUUUCAGAGGGAAAGGUCAGAACUUUAUAUUUAGAAGAUGAACAUUUCUGCCAGGGUCAGCUGUUUGUAAAGACACCACAGUGUCUGUGCAGGAGGCAGGCCAGCCCCAGCAAGAUCGCCAAAGGUGUUAGCAGCUGGAACAUGUCCCGCCGAAAACAGACUACUCCAAACAAACUACAUUGGGAGCAGAUGUUUUUGAGUCUGGGUGAAGGCCAUUCAAACCAACUAAAUACAGAGUUUUCUGUAGCGAUGGAAGACAAAGGAGUCAAAGUAGAGGAUCCAGGAGAUGAUUUUGCAGAUAGCAGUGGCAGUGAUGGUGAGCAACAACAAACAGCAGAUGAGACAUCCUCUCAGUCUUCAUAUAAUGAUGAUUCUAGAACAGCAACUCCAAAUAGAUCUGGCAAUGGAGUGACUGAAAUGAGUGGAAGUGAGACAGUCAGUGAGAGUAAGGUAAAUGAUGAUGCUGAAGAUUUGUCAGGAUCUUGCCUGUGUCCUCUCUGCCAGUUGGAUUGUGGCAACAGAGAGCAUCUCAUUUCUCAUGUUUAUCAGCAUACUGCGAUGGCCAUCAGUGCCAAAAGUUACAUCUGUCCAGUCUGUGGAAGGGCACUCAGUUCUCCAGGGUCCCUAGGUCGCCACUUGCUCAUCCACUCAGAGGACCAGCUAUCCAACUGUGCUGUGUGUGGAGCCAGGUUUUCUAGCAGUCAUAACUUUAAAAGUGAAAAGCUUUCGGACUUCUUGAAGUCAGAACUCUUCAGUCCAGAUAAUUCAAAUGAUACAUCAGGUGGAGAAGGAAAUGAACUGAAACUUAUCCCUGUUUAUCCAGCUGGAAUUUUACUAGUAUGCAAUAACUGUACUGCUUACCGACAGCUUGUGGAGUCGCAGACGCCAUCUAUUAGGAAGUGGGCUGUUCGGCGUCAGAAUGAGCCUUUGGAAGUCCGCCUGCAGAGACUAGAACGGGAGCGCACAGCAAAGAAAAGUCGCAGAGACAGUGAAACUCCAGAAGAGCGAGAGAUACGUCGGAUGCGUGACAGAGAAGCCAAGAGACUACAGAGGAUGCAAGAAACUGAUGAGCAAAGGGCACGGAGGCUUCAGCGAGAUCGAGAAGCUAUGAGGCUUAAAAGAGCCAAUGAGACACCAGAAAAGAGACAAGCACGUCUCAUCCGGGAACGUGAAGCCAAACGGAUUAAAAGACGAUUGGAAAAAAUGGAUAUGAUGCUUCGAGCCCAGUUUGCCCAGGACCCCACCACAGUAGCUGCUUUGGCAGCUGAUAUCAACCUUUUUAAUCUUCCAGAUGGAAAUCCUAGCUUGGACAGUCAGCUGCUAGAGAAACUGGCAUGCCAGGAUCAGACUGAUAACCAUACAGCACCAUUAGAAUCCCAUUGUUCUACUGAGGAGUCCUGAACAUCAAUAGGUCACUUAUCAGACAUAAGGUUCAGCUUAUGUUUUAAAGGCAGGAUGGUAUAGAAUGUUGUCAAGAUACUUUCAUGUCUACUAGGAAAGACUGCUUAUAGAUCUUUCAUAUCAUGCUGGGAGCUUUGAUAUUGUAUGCAUAUGUCAAUAAAUACUUAUUUUAAAUUUA